AUGGCUGUCCAACUGGUGCAAGAAGAGGAAAUUCCAAAAGCAAACGGGAUCGCUGUGUCCCCGGAGAACUAUCCAGCGCUGUACAACUGGCCAACGACCAAUGAAAACGGAUACUCGAUCAACGAAGUCGCCUCAGGAACCGCGCGAAAGCUCAGAAUAAUCUGCGCAGGGGCUGGUGCGUCGGGCAUCAACCUGGCAAAGUUCGCACAGGAUCGCCUGCAGAAUGUCGAUUUGGUCAUAUAUGAGAAGAACAACGACGUAGCGGGGACAUGGUGGGAGAACAAGUAUCCUGGUUGUGCGUGCGACAUUCCGAGUGUCACCUACCAAUUCUCCUGGAACCCAGAAGUAUGGUCCAAGUACUACGCCGAGGCUUCGGAGAUCUUUGCCUACUUCAAAGGCGUCGUCGACAAGUUUGACCUUUGGAAAUACAUCAAGUUGAGCCACGAGGUCCAGCGCGCCGACUGGGAUGAGGAGGCGGGAAGAUGGAACUUGAAGAUCAGAGAUCUCGCAACCGGUGCUGAGAUCGAUGAGCAGUGCGAUAUCUUCGUCAAUGCAAUGGGAUUCUUAAAUAAAUGGAAGUGGCCAGAUAUCCAAGGCCUACACUCGUUCAAAGGCAUCUUGACGCACUCGGCGGCGUGGCCAGAUGACCUGGACCUGAAGGGCAAGAGAGUAGCUGUUGUGGGAAACGGCUCGAGUGGGAUCCAGAUUGUCGCCAAUAUCCAGAAGGACGUGUCGAAACUGUACACUUGGGUGCGGACGCCGACUUGGAUGACGGCUGGGUUUGCACAGAAGUACGCUGGAGAGAACGGCACGAAUUUCGAAUACUCAGAAGAACAGAAGAAACGUUUCCGCAAUGACCCCGACUACUACCUCAAGUAUAGGAAGUCUGUCGAAGUGGAGAUGGUUCGAGGGUUCUACGUGUUCCACAAGAAUACUCCGGAUUCGAUGGCAGCAAUGAAGUUUGCCCACACAGAAAUGACAGGGCGCUUGAAAGGCCAUGAGAAGCUGGCAGAAGCACUGAUCCCAAAAACAUUCCCAGUUGGCUGCAAGAGGCCUACCCCCGGUAACGGCUACCUCGAGGCUUUGAUUGAAGAGAAUGUCCAGGUCUACUGUGAAGGUGGACUAUCCCAAAUUACUCCCAAAGGGUUUAUCGACCCGGAUGGCGUCGAGCAGGAAGUGGAUGUGAUUAUUUGCGCCACCGGCUUCGACACCUCCUGGGUUCCUCGAUUCCCAAUCGUCGCCAACGGUAUCAAUCUACAGGAUCUGUACGCGAAGAAACCGAUUGGAUACCUUGGUGUGGGGGCGCCCAGCAUGCCCAACUACUUCACGUUCUAUGGCCCCUACGGGCCUCUCGGGCAGGGAAGCGCCAUGCCCAUGAUCGAGCUGUUUGCAUCGUACAUUGUACAAAUGGUCCGCAAGAUCCAGCUGGAGGAUAUCAAGAGCAUUACACCCAAGACGGAGAUAAUUGAUCAAUACGCCGAGCACGCCGACCUUUUCAACAAGCGAACCGUCUACGACGCACCGUGUCGGAGUUGGUUCAAAGGAGGCACAAUCGACGGGCGGAUAAUGCUUCACCCGGGAACCAGGCUGCAGUAUAUGGAACUGUUGAGCUCACCGCGGUAUGAGGACUAUCACAUAAAAUACAGACAUGGGAAUGUGUGGUAUUGGUUAGGCAACGGCUUCUCGAUGCGAGACCUGGACGGACGGGAUCUAACCUUCUACCUUGGACUUGUGGACGGUAUAGAUGAGCAGAGAGACUACGACGUUUAG